UCUCAGGCGACCUACCACGUUUUGUGUGUUGUGGAUUCAUACAUGCUUAACGAACCAGCAGCAAAGCUUGCCGUACGGUUUAUUUCUUGGUUUUUGUUUACCUUGUUUUACAUUCCAACUUCUGGACGAGUUUGAAAGCCAUGGCCGAAGCGGUGCGUGCGAUGUGUGAUGAGCUUAUAAAGGCUGUGAAUGUAAUGAUGGACGCAGAAUCCAGUCAGAGAUACCGCCUGGAGGCCCUUAAGUUUAUUGAAGAGUUCAAAGACAAAUGCCCCUUUUGUGUGGAUUGUGGUCUUCAGUUAGUCGAAAAGUCACAGACAGCAGUGGUCAGACACUUUGGGCUGCAGAUACUGGAACAUGUGGUAAAGUUUCAGUGGAAUAACAUGCCACUGCAGGAAAAGCUGCAGUUGAAAAACUGCACCAUGGAGCUGUUAUCAAAAGGUACACAUCCGAUUUUGGAGGAGGAAUGUCACAUUAAGGAUGCUCUCUCACGCAUAGUAGUGGAGAUGAUCAAACGAGAGUGGCCUCAGCACUGGCCUGACAUGCUCAAGGAGAUGGAGGCCUUGACUGCUAUGGGGGAUGCUCAAACAGAACUUGUGAUGCUUGUCCUGCUGCGGUUAGCUGAGGAUGUGAUAACAUUUCAGACGCUUCCCAGUCAAAGACGGCGAGAUAUCCAGCAAACCCUCACGCAGAAUAUGGACAGCAUCUUCACCUUCCUGCUUGGCAUACUGCAGCUCCAUGUAAACGAGUACCAGAAGUUGAAAACCGUUGUUGGACAGGAGUCAAAGACAAAAGCUCACUGGAGAGUUGCUGUGUCCACUCUUAACACUCUGGCUGGCUACACCGACUGGGUUGCUCUGGGCCACAUCACUAAUGAUAACUGCCAUCUUUUGGAGAUCUUGUGUCUGUUGCUGAGUGAACCUGAGCUUCAGUUGGAGGCUGCAGAGUGUCUGCUCAUUGCCAUUAGUAGGAAAGGCAAGUUAGAGGAGAGGAAGCCCCUCAUGGUACUCUUUGAAGAAGUCGCCAUGAAUUGCAUCCUCUCUGCUGCUCAAUCUGCGGAUGGGGAAGGUCUAUGUAACCAAUCAUCAAAUGGGAUUGUGGAAAGAAGAUACACUUUUUUAAAGAGGCUGUGUCAGGUUCUCUGUGCCCUGAGCAGCCAGCUCUGCUCUCUAGUGGGUUCAGAUAUUGAAGUGAAAGUUCCUGUUAACCUGAAUAAAUUUAUGGAAGCUCUCCUUGCCUUCACUACCCAUCCCAGCCAGUUUCUACGGUCUUCCACCCAAAGCACAUGGGGAAACCUGUUCCGUCAUGAGAUUCUAUCGAAGGAUCCUGACAUCACACAAAUGACAACAAAAUAUUUAAGAGUGGCAAGGAUGAAUCUUGUGAAAUCUGGAUUUCCCUCCAAGAAUGAUAGCCCAGCCUGUGAAUUCUCCAGAGUGGACUUUGACUGUGAUGAAGAUUUCAACUCCUUCUUUAAUUCUUUCAGGUCUCAGCAGGGGGAAGCUGUUCGUCUAGCUUGUAAAAUCGCCCCAUUUGAGGGCUUCCAGAUUGCUAGUGAAUGGCUACAGUAUCAGAUCAGUACACCUAUAGAUACUGGGAAUACAACAGCUAAGAUGGCAGAGCAUCUAUGUUCCGCUCUGUCCCCCUCAGCGCUGCAGUGGGACGCCAUGACUUUCUUUACUGAGAGCGUGUUUGGACAGCUAUUCAAAAUCCUUGAAAAGGAGAAACUGCCCAUAGAUGAGGGUCUGGAGUUGCUGCGGGUGGUUGUAAACUAUGACACAAGAGAUCCCCUCAUUCUGUCUUGUAUUCUCACCAACAUAUCCACUCUUUUCCCCUUUGUCACACACCAACCUCACUUCCUGCCUCAAGUACUCUUUAAGAUAUUUCCUUCCAUCACAUUUGAAUUGGUUGAAGACUGUAAGGUGCCUCGAACACGAGCUGUGAAGAAUGUCAGAAGACAUGCCUGUUCUUCCAUCAUUAGGAUGUGUCGAGAUUAUUCCAACUUAAUGCUGCCGUCCUUCGACAUGAUGUAUGAGCAUGUGAAGAUGUUGUUCUCCAGUGAGCUUCUGACACAGAUGGAGAAAUGUGCUCUGAUGGAAGCCCUGAUUCUUACCAGCAAUCACUUUAAAGACUAUAACAAGCAGAAAGCCUUCCUGGAGGAGCUCAUGGCACCUGUUACUGCACAAUGGCUUUCAGAGGAGAUGAGAAGUGUGUUAUGGGAUCCUGCCACUUUCUUGACUUUUGUUGGUGCUGAUCAGGUCAUCAGUGAUCCAAGCGCAGAGGACCAGAUGGGUAUCGACAGGUCACAGAUUAGCUUUUGUGUACACACCAUACUCGCGGUGGUUAAGCGUGCUCGCUGGCCUGCUGAUCCUGAGGAUGCAAAAGCAGGCGGCUUUGUUAUAAGUUACACCUCUAAUGGGAUCCCAAUCCUCAGAAACCCCUGUGCUGAGUCCCUGCAGGCCCUGCUGCCCAAUCUCCUAGCCCUCAUUAGGACCCACAACAGCUUGUUCUUGCCAGAGAACCUUGCUCGGCUCAGUGAAACCUUCACUAGAGUAUAUGAUAUCAUGGAUGUGGACAAAAACUUUGUUUUAGGUAUUCCUCAGCCAGUUUUAGAUGCCUAUGACUCUCCAGUGUACAGAACCAUUGCUGAACGCAUGCAAGGCUUCUUCUGCACACUCUACGAUAACUGUUAUCAUGUCCUUGGAAAUGCAGGUCCCUGCUUGCAGCAAGACUUUUAUGCAAUGGAGGGCUUGGCAGAACAGAUUGUUUCCUCCGCCUUCAUCCAUCUGGACUGUGUUCCAGACCACAGGCUCCGCCCCCUAGUCCGUGUUUUCAUGAAGCAGCUGGUUAUAUCCUGUCCUCACGAGUACUAUGACAGCCUCCUCUGUCCACUGCUGGGCCCUUUGUUUUCAUAUCUGCUGCAGAGACUGAUCUUUCGUUGGCAGAUCAUCAACCAACGGACCAGUGUGUGUGGUCAUGGUGAAGACGAGGCAUAUGAGGAAAACCAGGUGACUCGGGAAAUGGUGGAAGAGCAGCUGGUACGUUUGGUGACACGAGAGGUCAUGGACCUUCUAAGUGUGACCUGCAUUUCAAGAAAGUUUCCAGACCCAUCUAGGAACAAAGAGGAACCCGAUGGUGAUGAAGAGAUGACGACAAUGGAUUCAUCACAAGGGAUUCAAAUGAAUGCUUCUCAGCCUUCAGAUGACCUCUCAGAACUGGGCAAGAGACUUCUCCAAAAUGAGGAUAUUUAUAUGACUCUCCUGACUAUUUGUUUUAACUCCCUUUCCUGGAGGGACACCAUUAACUGCCAAAGGACUGCUAGCGUGCUCUGCUGGACUUUGCUUAGACAGGUUGUUGGCGGUAAUCUACUUCCAGAGGCUGUAACGUGGCUCUACACCAGUGUUCUGAAGGGUCUACAGAUGCACGGCCAACAUGAAGGCUGCAAUGCCGCUCUGACUCAGUUGGCAUUGUUCAUCUAUGAAGCUCUGAGGCCUCGAUAUGCUGAGCUGCGUGCCAUCAUGAAUCAGAUCCCUGAUGUCCAUGCAGAGGCCCUGGAGCAGUUUGAUCAGAAGACCCUUCAGCCUGCUGUUUCAAAAGCUGGAGAGAAGAAGAAGAAGGAGCAGUUUAGGAAACUCAUUGCAGGCACUGUGGGGAAACCCAUUGGACAACAGUUUAAGAAAGAAGUACACAUUCGAAACCUUCCAUCUCUGUUUAAGAAGCCGAAGCCUACACAAGAAAUUCUGGAGGACGCUGAUACAGCAGGUCUCAUUGGUCUGUUCGCUCCAGAACGUGAAGAUCGCUAAGGGAACCACUGCUUCACAAUGGAACUUAUUUAGAUGAAACAUUAAAAAUGUCAUGCCAAAAGAAAUUAAAUUGACAAAAAAUGUUACUCUCCCUCACAGCCUUGCUUUAAACACGAAAUAUUGCAUAUUGCGUUUAUCCUGACUAAGGUCUGUACCCCCACUAUAAAUAUAUAUAUAUAUAUAUAUAUAUAUAUAUAUAUAUAUAUAUAUAUAUAUAUAUAUAUAUAGAGAUAGAUAGAUAGAGAUAGAUAGAUAGAUAGAUAUUGCAGUAUCUGGUCUUAAUUGAGUUUUUUUUUUUUUUUAUGGCAUGGUUGAAUAAUUUUUAAAAGAAGGCAAGGGCAUGUUUCUAGUUACUUUGACAGGUACAAAUUGUUUCUCUUUUUUAUUAUUGUUUUAGGGAACACAUCAUGUCAUUGUCUAAAUAAAGAGAAAAACUUGCUGUCUCAAAUACCUUUUAGAGAAACACCUUAUUUUCAGCACUACAUUCCAUGUUUUUUCUUUUAAAAUAAAAAUAAAAGGCAAAUUCAACACUAGUUGCCAGCAGUGUGUGUGUACAGAUUAUGUAAAAGUUGUUGAUUUAUAUUUGCCGUUUUUUUAAUAAAUGUAUACUUGACAGUU